GCCCGCGCGUGCGCGGAGGUGACGGAGCGGGCCGGACGCGUCCCUUUGUUGGCUCAGCGGCGCCUGUGAGGAGAAGCGGGCGGGCGGGCGAGCGCGCGGCGGUGGUCGGCGCCCUGAGGGGAGGCAGGAGGCAGGCGGCCGGAGGAGCCUUCGAGUCCCGGCCCGCUGGGGGGGGCCGCCCGCCCCGGGUCCCCGCUGCUGCUGCCGCCGCCUCCGUCGCCUCGGCUGCCGCCGCCAUGGACUCGGACGAGGGCUACAACUACGAGUUCGACGAGGACGAGGAGUGCAGCGAGGACAGCGGCGCUGAGGACGACGACGACGAGCCCGACGACGACGACGAGCCCGACCUCGACCUGGGCGAGGUGGAGCUGGUCGAGCCCGGCCUGGGCCUGGGAGGCGAGCGGGACGGCCUGCUGGGCGGCGAGACCGGCGGCGGCGGCGGAGGAGGAGGCCUGGGGCCCGGCGGCGGCGGAGGCCUGGGCGGCAGCGGCCUAGGCGGGCCCGGCCCGGGCGGAGGGGGCGGCGGCCUGGGCCACGACCAGGAGGAGGACUACCGCUACGAGGUCCUCACCGCCGAGCAGAUCCUGCAGCACAUGGUGGAGUGCAUCCGGGAGGUCAACGAGGUCAUCCAGAAUCCAGCAACUAUCACCAGGAUACUCCUUAGUCAUUUCAACUGGGAUAAAGAAAAGCUGAUGGAGAGGUACUUUGACGGCAACCUGGAGAAGCUGUUCGCAGAAUGUCAUGUAAUUAACCCUAGCAAAAAGUCUCGAACACGUCAGAUGAACACAAGAUCAUCUGCACAGGACAUGCCUUGCCAGAUAUGCUAUUUGAAUUAUCCCAACUCGUAUUUCACUGGCUUAGAGUGUGGACACAAGUUUUGUAUGCAGUGCUGGAGUGAGUAUUUAACUACCAAAAUAAUGGAGGAAGGCAUGGGACAGACAAUUUCAUGCCCUGCUCAUGGCUGUGAUAUCUUGGUGGAUGACAACACAGUUAUGCGCCUGAUCACAGAUUCAAAAGUUAAAUUAAAGUACCAGCAUUUAAUAACUAAUAGCUUUGUAGAGUGCAAUCGACUGUUAAAAUGGUGUCCCGCCCCAGAUUGCCACCAUGUCGUAAAAGUGCAGUAUCCUGACGCUAAGCCCGUUCGCUGUAAAUGCGGCCGUCAGUUUUGCUUUAACUGUGGUGAAAACUGGCACGAUCCCGUUAAGUGUAAGUGGUUAAAGAAGUGGAUUAAGAAGUGUGAUGACGACAGCGAAACUUCUAACUGGAUUGCAGCAAACACAAAGGAAUGCCCCAAAUGCCAUGUGACCAUAGAGAAGGACGGAGGCUGUAAUCACAUGGUCUGUCGGAACCAGAAUUGUAAAGCAGAGUUUUGCUGGGUGUGUCUUGGGCCUUGGGAGCCGCAUGGAUCUGCCUGGUACAACUGUAAUCGCUACAACGAAGACGACGCAAAAGCAGCCAGAGAUGCGCAAGAGGAAUUAACACAGAGAUCCAGAGCGGCCCUGCAGAGGUACCUCUUCUACUGCAACCGUUACAUGAACCACAUGCAGAGCCUGCGCUUCGAGCACAAGCUCUAUGCCCAAGUGAAGCAGAAGAUGGAGGAGAUGCAGCAGCACAACAUGUCGUGGAUCGAGGUGCAGUUCCUGAAGAAAGCGGUCGACGUCCUCUGCCAGUGCCGUGCCACGCUCAUGUACACAUAUGUCUUUGCCUUCUACCUCAAAAAGAAUAAUCAGUCCAUUAUCUUCGAGAAUAAUCAAGCAGAUUUGGAAAAUGCGACCGAGGUCCUUUCUGGGUAUCUGGAACGAGAUAUAUCCCAAGAUUCGCUCCAAGACAUAAAGCAGAAAGUACAAGAUAAGUACAGAUACUGCGAGAGCCGACGAAGGGUUUUGCUGCAGCACGUGCAUGAAGGCUACGAGAAGGACCUGUGGGAGUAUAUUGAGGACUGAGGCCGGCCUGCAUAAAACAAAACAAAAAAACAACCAACGAAACCCCCCUCCCUGAACUCUGAAAACCUUUGACCACCUAGAGUGCUCAUGCCAUUAAAAAAAAAGCAAAAACACACACAAAAAAAAGGGGGCACGUACGCCUAUUACACCCGCUGGUCUGUAGUACCGGAAUUCUGUUUUUGUUCAUGGAGAAAAAAAAAUUAAGUAAAUUAUAUUGUAAUAAAAAAGGUAGAUAAACCAAUGUACAACAGUAUUCUAGGUGGCCAGUUAAGUGUGACAGACGCACUAAAAAAACAAAACCCUCCAACUUUAACUUGUAACGUAGCUUUGUUCUCCGAGCUGACUUCUUUCGCUCUCUCUCUCUCUCUCUCUCUCCCCCCCCCACCACCUUUCUCCUACACGUAUUACAGAUGAAAUUGAAAACCAUUUCUUGACACUGCUUUUCAUGUCCGACCAGCCAUUUUGAUGUAUUUUGGUAUAGGAUUUCCGCCACCCCUCCCCUCUCGCCCUGCCCUGCCUCCCCCGCCCCCCAGCUCCCCCUCACACACAUACCAGUUCAUGGGUGAAUGUCGUUCGGCUUAUUGUAAAGAGGAUGGGGCGGGGGGGCGGGGAGGGGUCGAGGGGCACAAAAGCAAAAGGGCGGGGGACUUUGUAUAUGACUUUUAAAAAAAACAAAGAGGACAACACAGUAUUUUUCAAAAAUUGUAAAUAGCGCAUAUGCAUGGGCAAAGAGCAGGCGUGGCACGUGUUUGCAUAAUGUUUAAUUACAAAAAAAAUAUUUAUUCUUUAAAAAUCUUCAAGAUUAUGUCUAUUUGCUGUGCAUUUUCUUUCAGUUUGCUUUUUACCUGGGAUGGGGAUUUGGGGUGGGGGUGGGGCAGGGUGUGCUGCUACGACGACUCUUCCUUUCUAUUUCUCAAAAACGUUUUCGAGAGACUCUUGGUUUCUCCUCUUCCCCCCCUCCCCCUUUCUGCAGCUCCUUUGCGACUGUUCCAUGGUUUGGGUGUGUUCCUUUGCUGGCAACGGACACUGUCCCACUCACCCUACCAGCUUCUCACCCAAACUGAUCCCCCUCCCCCCCACUUCCACCCGGUGUGUGUUUCUGUUUGGAAAUGAAAGUGUUGUGAUUCUGGCUGCUUUUGUCUCUUUCCUCGGAGUACCACCCCCUGGAUCAUCCCAGCUCUUUCCUUGCACGCGAGGCGCCCUCCCCGCCACCCGGCUGCCAUUCAUAGGACAAGUUAGGAAUCUUCUCUGCGGUCUCGAGCGUCGAAUGGAACAUACCUCAUUGCUCGUUUCUUUGGCAGUCGCACAACACCGGGAACAAAGAUGGAGUUGCCGUGGGUAAUAUUUUUGGGGCUUGGAUGUUGGGGGGCGGGGGGGAUGUCUGCUAGCAGCCAUCCAGUUGUGAAGGGCCUGCAGUCUCCGAAGUUUGCUGGGGGAUUUAUUCCCGUUAGAGAGAUGCGUGCGUUUCAGCUUCCCCAGAGUGAUUUAGAGUCUAUUUUUGGAACUCAACGCCACGCUAAAGCAACCAGUAGAGGCAGGUAAUUAAAUCAGGUUCAUCAUAGGACCUUCCUCCCUGUGGUCUUUUCCACCACGGCAGUGUUAACUAGGAAACAGCAAAGAGAGAGAGUCAAUCUACAGAAGCGGUUGGUCUCAAAAAAAGAGAUCUGUUGCCCGUUUCCCAAAGGGCUACUUCAGCUUUUAUUGCUACUAGAGACUGUGGCCAAGGAUCCAAAGAUCUGCUUGGAGGAAUUUCAUGCACCCAUGGGUAGGGAGUGCACUGGACUUAGGUUUCUUGAGUAGCAUUCCCCUUCUCUCUACCCCACUCCUUUCCCAACUGAGAGGAGGCUUGAGACUUCUAGUGAAUUGAAAAAAAGUUUGUGGUAUGUCGAGAGUGCUGUUAGAAAGUGACGAAUUUCACUGAUCUGUGACAGGCCAGUGUCACAAAGAGAAGCUGAGGUUUGCAUUGGCUCAGCCUCCUUUGCUCGCGACGGGGCUUGUUGGCUUUUGGCUGGUUUCUGGGAUGCCGGAUGAGCCCAUAUCCCGUUGUGCGGUGAGCGUUCAGUGCCCCCUUAGCCUGUGCCGGAAGAAAUCGUGGCAGCCUUUGUAGAGAGCGGUGGAUACUCGAAGGAUUCUGUUCCACUGAGCGUGGGGCAACCGCCACUUGGACAGUUCUCCGACUCUGCCACGUGCUUCACGGGGUCUUUUGCGUGCUGCCUCCCAAGAUUGAAAGCUUCCGGUCUGAUUUUUCCAGCGUACAACUUGUAAGAUUCUUCUCGGACUGGUUUGAUGGAACAGGUGGCCAUGCUGUGUGGGUGCGUGAUUCGGAUGAAUGUUUCCAUGCUUUCAGCAUUUCUUCCCCCUCCCCGGAUGUUUUUUUUUCUUGUUUCAAAACACCUUGCUCUUGCCAUUCUCCCCCAGCCCCUUCCCUGACUAAAAUACAGAUGCCCCAAACUGUAUUAUCAACAUGCUGUUUUCCUGCUCCUGAGGAUCAUGCCAUCUAAAUUUUUAGAAAGCUUUUUCUAAAACACUGGGCUUUGGAGUGAGUGGACUUAAAUCGGCAGCUCUUCUGACAGCUUGCUUGCCGGUCUCUUCCCAGCCCUUUCGAGGCGAUCCCCCCCUUCUCGAAAGCGAAAUGGCUUGCCAACGAAGAUGCUAUCCGAGCUUUUUGGUUGACGCGGUAAACGACAGGAGAGUUUGUGUUGGACUUGAUCAUGGGCUGAUUGGGAAAGAAAUACUCUCUGGCCACGCAACAGGAGAGCAGAGCUUGACCACCGGUCUGUUUUAGCACCCUGCUUUCCCCUCCCACUUAAUUCACUCACAGCUGUGUUUUGGUUUUCUGUAGCGUAUGUAUAAGACGGUCUUAAUUUUUUUCCCCCCCAGAACCAUUUAACCCUGAAAUGUUUUAGUGCAACUGCUGUAUUAGGAAACCAGUUAUUGCGUGAGAUGAGAGCCGUGUUCUUCGGAAAACCUUUCCGUGUACAGGAUCCUAUCAUCCGGCACUUGGGGGUGGUAAGACAAUCGAGGCUGGGCGGACGGACUGGAGGAUUCAUGAUCAUCUUAUUUUUUUUUUCCCACCUAGAGAGCACCUUGUGCUAUGGAAAUAACUGUUCUUAGACUUCAUUGUAACUGCUGGACUGUUCCGUGUUAAGGCUAAACAGAGGGAGAGAAAGCGUUCCUAAUUCUAAUAAACUUUUAUUUUGUUAUUUCAUUA